CGAGUUAAAUAUUCAGAUCUUGGUAGUUCUUUAAAGCGUGGAAUUUUGUCAAUUGCAGUAAAAUCAUCUAAACAUACGUUUGAUUAUUUUGGACUUUCGACGAGGAUACAAACUCUUAACCCAUUAAACCCGCAGGUCAUUCCAUCACAAUUCACUACUACUUUUGAAAUAUAUAAUCAAUCAUCUACUUUAAUUACUUAUAAGGAAUCAGAUAAAGCUUCCCAAUUCAAGGUUCUCACCUUCUUUACCUCACUUGGUGGAGCAAAUGCUUUCCUUGUAACCUUAUAUAUGUUCUUGUUUGGUAAAAAGGCUCCAGGCAUGCUACCAUUCCUCAUCUAUCCAUUUUUGUGUUGUCCAGGACCGGCACGUUUUAUACAUGAUAAAUUCAUAGCUCCAAAGAAAGUAAAGGACUUGGAGAAAAGUGCUAGCUAA